UCUCCAAUGGCGUUUUCGCUUGGGAGCGUUCCUUGGUGUGGCAAUGAACUGGAUUUGGCUUCUUAUUGCUUCCAAAGAACCGCCAUAGACAUCAUAAACCUGUUAUUCAUCUGCUUCUUCUACUUCCUCUUGAUAGUUUAUUCUGUUCUAAAACAUUCUAUUCCCGUAAACAACAAGAAGAACUGGAUCUUUGUGGUCACUGCUAUGUGUUGUGUGGUUACAAGUUUCGGGUAUUUAGUUGCUGGAGUAACCAAGCUGAUUGCAGACACCAGAGACAUAAGUGACUUGUCUUGGGCUUUUUGCUUUGUCAGAGGAGCCAUUUGGGUCUCAUUGGCUGUUUCGUUCUUCGCUAAUGGCCCGAAGUGGUUCAAGAUUCUGAUAUCUGUUUGGUGGGUAUCGUUUGCUUUGUUGGAUUCAGCCGUGAAGAUCGAGGUUUUAGUGAGAAGAGAAGGUAUCUGGAUUUUCGACAUGGUAGCCUGGCCGAUGAGCCUUCUGCUUCUCUUUUGCAGCUACAAAAGUUUUACAGGGUCGGCUUCUCAAAAUAAAAGUGAAACAGAUCUUUCCGACCCUCUAUUACCCGGAAAGCCUCGACAUAACUCGCUGAAUCUAUCCACUGCCGGGUUCUUCAGCAGGUUAACGUUUUCUUGGAUCAACCCCUUGCUUUCUUUGGGCUACAGAAAACCAUUAGCCCCCGAAGAUAUCCCAACUCUGGUUCCUGAGGAUGAGGCUGAAUUAGCUUAUGAACAAUUUUCUCAAGCAUGGGAUUCUCUUAUUGCGGAUCCGAGCUCAAAUAACAGAGGAAACUUGGUUUUUAGAGCAGUUUUAAAAGUUUACUUCAAGGAAAACAUAGUCAUUGCUGUUUGUGCGUUUCUCCGAACUGUCUCCGUUGUAUCUCUUCCUCUCAUGCUUUAUGCCUUUGUGGAGUAUGCAAACAGUGACCAGAGAGAUCUUAGAAGUGGCGUCUUGAACUUGGCUUGCUUAAUCAUUCUGAAGCUAACCGAAUCAUUGUCGAUGAGGCAUUGGUAUUUUGCCUCCAGGAGGUCAGGGAUGAGGAUAAGAUCGGCCCUGAUGGUCGCCGUGUAUAGAAAGCAACUAAUGUUAUCGAGCUCGGGGAGGAAAAGGCAUUCGACAGGAGAGAUCGUGAAUUACAUUGCUGUGGAUGCAUAUCGUAUGGGAGAGUUUCCAUGGUGGUUCCAUUCGGGAUGGAGCCUAAUGCUGCAGCUUUUGCUUUCAACAGCUGUUCUUUUCGGAGUCGUUGGAACGGGAGCUUUCCCGGGUUUGUUCCUUCUUAUUCUCUGUGGUUUCCUGAAUCUACCAUUUGCAAAGAUGCUUCAGAACAGCCAGAAACAGUUCAUGGUUUCCCAGGAUAAUCGCCUAAGAGCCACCUCUGAGAUUUUGAACAGUAUGAAGAUCAUUAAGUUGCAGUCAUGGGAAGAGGAGUUCAAGAAACUGAUUGAAUCUUGUCGUGCCGAUGAAUUCAAGUGGCUGACUAAGACUCAGCUUACGAAAGCCUUCGGUUCUUUUCUGUAUUGGAUGUCCCCUACCGUAGUUUCUUCGGUUGUAUUUGUGGGUUGUGCUUUGCUGAAGAGCGCCCCAUUGAACGCGAGCACCAUUUUCACUGUUUUAGCUACGCUGAGAGUAAUGGCACUGCCCGUCAGAAUUAUACCCGAGGCGAUUUCUGCUAUCAUCCAAGUCAAUGUUUCUUUCAAUAGGAUAAACAACUUUCUGCUCGAUGAUGAGCUAAAGAAGAAUGGCGAAAUCGAAAGAAAUGAGCCGGUGAAAUCUGGAAAAGCUGUUUACAUACAAGCAGGUAACUUCGGUUGGGAUCCAGAGAUUAAUAUUCCAACUCUUCGAAAUAUAGAUUUGGAAGUAAAGAAUGGGCAAAAGGUUGCGGUUUGCGGACCGGUCGGAGCGGGAAAAUCGUCACUAUUGCACGCAAUACUCGGGGAAAUGCCCAAAGUAUCUGGAACUGUAAAAGUAUCUGGAUCCAUUGCAUAUGUUUCUCAGAGUUCUUGGAUCCAGAGUGGCACCAUAAGGGACAACAUUCUCUUUGGAAAUCCCAUGGAAAGUGAAAGAUACAAUGCCGUUAUUGGAGCGUGUGCUUUAGAUAAGGACAUAAGCAAUUUCGAGCAUGGCGAUCUCACGGAAAUCGGACAAAGAGGGCUUAACUUGAGCGGAGGACAGAAGCAAAGGAUUCAGCUGGCUCGAGCUGUCUACAACGAUGCCGAUGUUUAUCUCCUCGAUGACCCUUUUAGCGCUGUGGAUGCACAAACAGCUGGAAUACUCUUCCAUGAAUGUGUUGUGGAGACAUUGAGAGAGAAAACAGUCAUUCUAGUCACUCACCAAGUGGAAUUCCUCUCGGAAGUCGAUCAAAUUCUGGUUAUGGAAGACGGGAGAGUCACUCAGUCUGGUACAUAUGGGGAGCUCUUGAAGGUGGGGACUGCUUUCCAACAGCUUGUGUCUGCUCACAAAGAUGCAGUAACUGUGUUACCUCAAGUGAGUAACAAGAAAGGAGAUAAAGAUUCACACACAAAGUUAGGAACUAUCGAGGUUGUUGAAAAUGGUGAAGAAGAGAUCGUGGCAAAGAACAUUCCGGAAGUUCAACUUACGCGAGAAGAAGAGAAAGAGACCGGCCAUGUUGGAUGGAAGCCCUUCUUGGACUAUAUCCGUGUCUCCCGGGGAUGGUUUCUUCUAUGGUCAAGCAUAUUAGGUCAGGUCGGUUUCGUUGCCUUACAGGCUGCAGCAACAUAUUGGUUGGCCUUUGCCAUAGAGAUCCCGAAGAUCGGUAAUACGAUGCUUAUUGGAAUUUACAGCAUCAUUUCAACUCUUAGUGCUGUUUUUGUGUACUUGAGGUCUUUCACCACGGCUCACCUCGGGCUAAAAGCAUCCAAAGCCUUCUUCUCUGGUUUCACCAGUGCAGUCUUUAAAGCCCCGAUGCUCUUCUUUGAUUCUACUCCAGUUGGGCGAAUCCUGACCCGAGCUUCAUCUGAUUUGAGUGCUGUGGAUUUCGACAUCCCGUUUUCGUUUAUUUUUGUGGUGGCACCAAUUAUUGAGCUUAUAGCAACUAUCCUGAUAAUGGCAUCUGUUACAUGGCAAGUUAUCAUUGUAGCUCUUCUUGCAAUGGUUGCAACAAAAUAUGUUCAGGAUUACUACUUAGCCACCGCUAGGGAGCUAAUUAGGAUCAAUGGAACAACAAAAGCUCCAGUGAUGAAUUAUGCUUCAGAGACCUCACUUGGAGUGGUGACAAUACGAGCAUUUAGAACGGUAGAAAGGUUCUUCAAAAUAUACCUAAAGCUCGUAGAUGCAGAUGCUGUGCUCUUUUUCCUGUCAAAUACCGCCAUGGAAUGGGUGAUUCUAAGGAUAGAGGCUCUUCAAAACGUGACUUUAUUCACUUGUGCUCUUCUGCUCAUCCUUAUACCAAAGGGCUACGUAGCUCCAGGACUAGUCGGGCUUUCACUCUCCUAUGCCUUAUCACUGACACAAACUCAGGUUUUCCUGACUCAAUGGUAUUGCACCUUGUCGAAUUCCAUCAUUUCGGUGGAAAGGAUAAAACAGUAUAUGCACAUUCCGGCUGAGCCUCCGGCAAUUGUGGAGGAUAGAAGGCCUCCUUCCUCAUGGCCUUCCAAUGGUACAAUACAGUUGCAGGAGCUUAAGAUAAGGUAUCGCCCCAAUGCUCCAUUGGUUCUCAAAGGAAUCUCUUGUACAUUUAAGGAAGGGACAAGGGUCGGGAUUGUAGGAAGAACAGGAAGUGGAAAAAGCACCUUAAUCAGUGCUCUGUUUCGCCUUGUGGAACCAGCAAGCGGGCAUAUACUGAUUGAUGGAAUUGAUAUCUGUAGCAUUGGCCUUAAGGACCUGAGAAUGAAACUCAGCAUCAUUCCUCAAGAACCAACCCUUUUCCGGGGAUGCAUAAGGACCAACCUUGACCCGUUAGGUCUUUACUCCGACGAUGAGAUAUGGCAGGCUCUCGAAAAGUGUCAGCUCAAGGCCACAGUUAGCAUUUAUUUCCUGGGCUUGGGCUUUUUGGUUUCACGUCUGGACAACAGGGUGAGCGACGAGGGCGAAAACUGGAGCGUGGGGCAGAGGCAGCUCUUCUGUCUUGGAAGAGUACUGCUGAAGAGAAACAGAAUAUUGGUACUGGAUGAAGCUACAGCUUCCAUUGAUUCCGCUACUGAUGCAACAUUACAGAGAAUUAUCAGAGAGGAGUUUGCCAACUGUACUGUAAUAACAGUUGCCCAUAGAGUACCAACUGUCAUAGACAGCGACAUGGUCAUGGUUCUGUCCUUUGGUAAUCUGGUAGAGUAUGACGAGCCGUCGAGGCUGAUUGAGAGUAAUUCUUCCUUCUCCAAGCUCGUGGCUGAGUACUGGGCCUCUUGCAGGGGAAGUUCUUCACAAAAUCUUCGAAUCCAUCAGUGAAGGAAAAAACAGAGUCUCGAGUUUGCGUGGUACGCAAGGCACUGGUGAUUCUGAGUAAUUUAAAACUUUUAUUCAUGGAGAAAAUAAAAGUGUACGGUACAAAGCCGGGGCAAAAGUUUGAGGCAUAUUUGCACACGUGUCGACAUCGAAUUAAUAUUACAUAUGCAAAUACGUCA